GGAUAUUGGGGCACAAGCACUUUGCCGGGAAUUUUGAUUUCGAGAGUUUAUUUAUAUAUUAUACGAAUUAUCGGUGAUAUUAUUACAGAAUAACAAUGAAAAUGCAUAAUCAAGGAGUUAAAGUAGUAAAAUGAUUUUCAAUGAAAUAUAAUGGAGUUUGAGUCGCAUGGAAAAAUGACUGAACGUCUUUGAAUUUUGGAAAAUUCACAUAUUAUCGCUCAUACAGUUUAUAAAUCAGUAUGCAGAGGGAACUUAGUAGCUUCCCCAUUCAACCCUCUUUGAUGUCAAAACUUACAAAAGCUGGAUUUACUACUGUAGAAGAUCUCACUGAUUUGAAACCACUUCAACUGAGUCAAGAACUGUCAAUAUCUAAUGAAGAGGCUCUGGAUCUACUGAACCUUGUGCGAGGUGAACAUCCAUCCAAAUUGAAACUUAAACAGACAACAAGUUUUACAGCUUUUGAUAUGCUUCAGAAUGAAGAGAGCCAGCAAUGUAUUGUAACAUUCUCAGAGCAACUUGACAAUAUGCUUGGUGGGGGGCUCCCAGUUUGUAAGAUUACAGAAUUCUGCGGUGCUCCUGGUGCAGGGAAAACCCAAAUAAGCAUCCAGUUGUCUGUUGACGUUCAGAUCCCUACUUGUUUUGGUGGGCUACAGGGUGAGGCUGUUUAUAUUGAUACAGAGGGGAGCUUUGUCGCAGCUAGGGCUGCAGAUAUUGCCAAAGCUACAGUGGAGCAUUGCAGUAAUAUUGCACAGGCUGAGAAUAAUGAAGAACAGCUGAAGUCAAUGGAGGCAUUCACUUGGGAAAGUGUCUUAGCAGGAAUUCACUACUAUAGGUGUAAUGACUAUCUACAACUGCUAGCUACAGUUCACCUUCUACCAGAAUUUCUCACUCAACAUCCAAAGGUCAAGUUAAUUGUAGUUGACAGUAUAGCAUUCCACUUCAGACAUGAUUUUGAUGACUUCUCACUGAGGACCAGAAUCCUGAAUGGCAUGGCACAGAGCUUUAUUAAACUUGCAACUCAGCUGAAUCUAGCAGUUAUGCUGACGAACCAAAUGACGACUCGAGUGAACGCAGAUGGAGGGUCACACCUCACCCCUGCUCUGGGAGAAAGCUGGGGGCAUGCAAGUACCAUCAGGGUGAUACUAUACUGGCGAGAUAGACAGAGAUAUGCAAGACUAUACAAGUCACCCUCAAAGCAAGAUAUGACAGUGCCAUUCCAAGUGACAUUGGGCGGAAUCAGAGAUGUGAAAACAAGUGAAGACCAAAGUCAUAAUAUGCAAGGUGCCAGUACAUCACAACAUAAACCUCAGUCCAAUUAUGAACAAAAUACAAAUGAACAUAAUACUAAGAAUGCCCAAUAUCAGACAGCAUCAUCUAGUGAACCUUAUCAUACUGGGGGUACGGAAAGAGCAUAUGGAAGUGGACAAGAUCGGAAAAGGUCAAGAAUUGAUUCCUGAUGUAAUACUACAUACUUGGUGUAUUUAGACAUCCAUCUUAUGAAAACCUCUGUUGGGUUGGCCAAAAACAAAUUUUAUAAGGAAACCUCACCCAAGAUGGACUGUAUGAGACAAAAUCGCAAGAGGCCAAGAUUUGAUUCCUGGUGUAUUUACAUUUAAUUAGAUAUCAAUUUUAUAAAAUCCUCAGUCUGGUUGGCCAAAUUAAGUAAAACCUCAUCCUAGAUGGACUGUAUAAGAGACAACAU